AUGACCACGCCCCUGCCCUACCACCUCAUCAACGCGUUCGCGCCCACCCCGCACGCGGGCAACCAGGCGUCCGUCGUCAUCUUCCCCUCUGCGUCCGACCCGCGCGCCAACAACGAGGAGUUUUACCUCAAGACUGCGGCAGACUUCAACUUGUCUGAGACGGCUUUCCUCGUGCCUGUUGAUGCUGGCGCCGCGGAGCCGCGCUACGGUUUGCGGUGGUUCACGCCUGCGGCUGAGGUUCCCCUCUGCGGCCACGCGACCCUCGCCGCAGCGUACACGCUGUUCAACUACGCGCACCCGACCGCCAAGAAGCUCCACUUCGACACGCGCUGGCGCGGCUCCCUGUCGGCGACGCUCGAGUCGCCAGUGGGGCAGGGCGCGCAGAUCGGCCUAGACUUUCCCGUGACGGACACCCCCGCGCUCGCCGAGCUGAACGCGACCGUCGGCGCAAAGGUCGCUGCUGCUGCUGGGCUGUCCGCCUCCGACGUGGUCGGCGUGGGCCAGUUUGACUUUGGCGUCGACGCGUUCGUUGUCGAGGUGAAGGAGGGCGUGGAUGUCAAGGGGCUCAAGGUGGACUCUGCGGCGAUUGCCGCCGCGGUCCCCCUUGCCGUGGUCACCCAGCUGGCGGGCAAGUCGGCCAACGGCGUAGCGAUCAACUCGCGCGUGUUCGCCCCAGGCGUGGGCAUCGACGAGGACCCAGUCACCGGCUCAGCCCACACCGCGCUCAUCCACUACUUCCUCCGCACGCCCGACGCCUCGGCGCGCGUCGUGGCCGCCGCGGGCGUGCCGCAGUCCGACGUCGAGUCGGUCGUCAUUGACGCCGCGCAGGUCAGCCCGCGCGGCGGGGAGAUCCGCGCGCAGAUUGUCGACGGGCGCGCGAGCCUCAUUGGCAAGGGAUGGAGGUGGGGCUAUGGACAGUUGGAGGUGCUGCCGCAGUAGGCAGGCGCGAGUGCGAGCGCGCAGCGCGAGCACGAGGGCGUGGGCUGGUGUCGCCUGGUCCUCGGGGCACCAUGCCUGUCUGUAGCCUCACAGGUGCUCUCUACAUAAAAGUUAUUCUGGAUG